GUUAAAUGUUUUAGACUCAAACAUCAUCUUUCAGACUCUACUUUCACUAUUGUUAAUUGCAAUCCUGGAAAUCAUGUGUGCACUUGUACACAGUACGCAUCUGGUUUAGGGGAAGGACAAAGACAGGAGGACCUUCAUGGGGAAGUAUUCCGUCCUCAGCUAUUUAGUGUCAUUAACUCACUGGACAUUUGUAGGGUCAGGUGUCAUCGUUUCUAAAAGUUUUUUAAAAUCUUGUUACUUUUUAUAUCCAACCGGUUUGUUAGUGGCAAUUAUUUCUGCAUGAGAGAAAGGUUACAUAAUUAUCAACUGACGUUUCUGGGCAAAUCGAAACUUAGAGAAACAGAAGAAAAAAGGAGCCAUGGAGAUGCAGGAGAUCACUGUAGAGGAAGAAAAAAACAAAGAAGAUGAAGGAGCAAGUGAACAGAUGCUGGAGGUCACUGCAAAGGAAGAAAAAAAGGAAGAAAGUGAAGGAGCAAGUGAACAGAUGCUGGAGGUCAAAACUGAAGAGAAAGCAGAACCAGACCAUUAUGCUAAACUACAAAUCGCAACCGAGGACAUCUAUUCAGAAGCUACUUUUGCUGGUUCUCCACUUAAAAAAACAGCAGCAGGGAAUCAGACUCAGGGAAAUGUAUUUCUGUACCGUGUUGCCUGCUUGUCCCUGAGCAUAAUCUGCCUGCUGCUGCUGCUGGUUGUUGUUGUCCUCGGUAUGAAACUCCAAACUGGAUCCACUGCGGUCUGUGAUGGGACAGAGGAAACCACACCAGAAAACAAGCAAUGCAGCAUGGAGCAUUGUCGGAGAUGGUUCCCAAAUCGUCAAACCAAACAGGUUGGCUGCCAUCAGUGUCCGGAUGGGUGGAUACCUCUGGGCCGAUCGUGUUUCUACCUGUCCAGAUUCAGGCUGAACUGGGACGAGGGCCAGAGGAACUGCACAGCUAGAGGAGGAUCUCUGGCUGUCAUCAGUGACCCGACACUUCAGACCUUUCUAACUGAACAGGGGGAAAUGAAAUACUGGAUCGGGCUGAGACGUCAAGGAGGCACAUGGAACUGGGUCAACAACACUGUGCUGCAACAGAGUUACUGGUCAGAUGCUCAACCAAAAGGGGAUUGUGGGGUCCUGAGCAGCACAGAGCCAGCUGAGAAGAACUGGAUGAAAGCUCGCUGUGAGGUCUACACCUACUUCAUCUGUCAACGGCAGUUCUGAAAGCACCUGUCUCUCUUUUUUUAAAACAUUACACAUUAUCAACUCUUCAGUAACAUAUCAAAUCAUGACUCUUUCCACUGCACACUUUAAUCAGUAGUAUCCUUCAAAGAAAGACAAAAGGUAGUUUUUUUUUAUUAUACCGUAUUUUUCGGACUAUAAGGCACA